UACAACACGUUCGUUUAUAAAUGGUUAUUACUAACACGUUGACGUUAUCAAUGCAUGUUAUCAAUUUUAUUGACAAAUUGAUCUUAUAUAACCUAUUGCUGCUUUACUUCGAUUAAGGGUUUAUAUGUGUUUCCAGUGUAUUCGUUGUCACACGGUGGUAGUGUGUAUUACCGGCGCGCCGGCGUCUUUCAGUCAAUAAAAUUGUUAUCGGACAUAUUUGUUUAUUCCAAUGUCAUAGUUAUAAAAAUAAUAAAUCUACAAUUAUUAUUAUAAUCAUGAGUACAAAUACAAAAAGAACUAUUUACGUAGGAGGUCUAGCCGAAGAAGUUGACGAGAAAAUAUUACACGCAGCAUUUAUACCUUUUGGUGAAAUUGUUGACGUCCAAAUACCGCUAGAUUAUGAAUCAGAGAAACACAGAGGAUUUGCUUUCAUUGAAUUUGAAAGUGCUGAGGAUGCAGCAGCAGCAAUUGAUAACAUGAAUGAUUCUGAGCUGUUUGGAAGAACAAUAAGAGUAAAUAUUGCAAAACCACAAAAGAUAAAAGAGGGUUCCUCGAAACCUGUCUGGGCUGAUGAUACCUGGUUGCAAGAACAUGCGGGUGAAACCCUCAAAAGUGAUGAUAAUACUAAGUCAACUGAAGCAGUACAAUCCAAGAAAGGAAAACAAAAUCCUCAAGUUUAUUUUGAUAUCAGUGUUGGAAAACAAGAAAUAGGAAGAAUUAUCAUGAUGUUGAGGGCUGAUGUGGUACCAAAGACUGCUGAAAAUUUUCGUGCGUUAUGUACUCAUGAAAAGGGAUAUGGCUAUCAAGGAAGCACUUUUCAUAGAAUUAUUCCAGAUUUUAUGUGUCAAGGAGGAGACUUCACUAACCACAAUGGAACAGGUGGUAAAUCAAUUUAUGGAAAUAAAUUUGAUGAUGAGAAUUUUGAAUUGAAACAUACAGGACCUGGUACUUUGUCUAUGGCAAAUUUAGGACCAAAUACUAAUGGAUCUCAGUUCUUCAUAUGCACAGCUCGCACAGAUUGGUUAGAUGGGAAACAUGUUGUAUUUGGACAUGUUCUUAGUGGUUUAGAUGUUUUAAAAAAAGUUGAAAAAUUUGGAGCAAAAUCUGGUGUGCCUACACAGAAAGUAGUUAUAACAACUUGUGGAGAGCUAACUUAAGUAGUAUUAAAAGCAACUUAACAUGUAUUUUUUUAAAUUCACUCUAAUGUUGUGAAUUUUGUAUUGAAGAUACAAAGUUGUUAAUGUUAAUAAAUUUUCAAAAAGAUAUAGGUAAUGAUAUGACCUAAAACUCAAAGUACAAUAACAAAGUAUAUUUUAUUACAUAUUUGUAUUAUAUAAAUUAUAUUAUCAAUUUUUCUGUAUUUUUUAACUUAUGUACAAACCAAUAAUAAAAUAUCGUAGCU